AUGCCGAAGAGUUACAGGAAUUACUCCAAAACGGCUAGGAACCCAAAGCGUCCCUUUGAAAAGGAACGUUUAGACCAGGAGUUGAAGCUAAUCGGUGAAUACGGACUUAAGAACAAGAGGGAAAUAUGGAGAGUGCAAUACUUGCUAGCCAAAAUCCGAUCAGCUGCCAGGUAUCUGUUAACCCUAGACGAAAAAAGCUCCAAGAGAAUAUUUCAAGGAGAGGCCCUACUAAGACGAAUGGUGCGUCAAGGAUUACUGGGAGAGAAUGAAGAAAAACUGGAUUAUGUGUUAGGGUUGACUUUACCAAAAUUGCUGGAGCGAAGAUUGCAAACAAAGGUUUUUAAAUUAGGGUUAGCCAAGUCAGUGCAUCAUGCAAGAGUACUAAUACGACAGAGACAUAUCCGAGUGGGAAAACAGAUGGUAGAUAUUCCUUCCUUCUUAGUUCGUGUGGACUCUGAGAAGCACAUUGACUUCUCCACAACAUCUCCCUUUGGAGGUUCCAGACCAGGAAGGGUCAAGAGAAAGACUUUGAGAAACCAAAAGGAGAAGAAUGACGAGGAAAAUAACUGA